AUGGAUCACCUGCUUCGAGUUCAAACACCUUUACUCGCCGUAGCUAUUUUGGGUGCUUCUUCUCCGAGUUUGCCAGAGACUCGGACCCGAAAGAAACCUAUCACAACAGUCGACUGGAGGGCUGAGCUGUGUAGGGUUAUGGAUCGACGCGAAGAUAUAUCCAACGCAGACUUGCUUGACGGACUUGACGCUGCGUUUGAUGAGCUCAAAGAGUCACGAAGCCGGCUCCAAGCCAGAGAAAACUUUCUCCAUGGCCCGCCUCGCCACCAAGUCCUAUACCGUAUUCGAUGUGAGGGAUCUCGGUUAGACGACGAGGAUUCUGACGCGUCUGAAGAGACGACUGAAGAAGGCUAUACAACCUACGAAAAACCUCCUUGGGUGGUUCAGUACGGUCCGCAUAAGGCCCAUUUGCGCGCCGGCAGCCAUGUCCCAAGCUUGGAACUCUAUCUGGAAAGGAACAAAGACAUUGCCUUCCUGGUUUAUGUGGAUUUAUAUCAUCCAAUUGAAGCUGCUGCUUUACCUAUGUACACAAAAGAGUCCAUCUGCAUCAUUUCUCCACAUCUGAGAAAUGCCUUACACGAUCUUAAACUUUCUGCAUUGGAAGGUAUACCUCAUCCCGACUUUGAGGAUCUUUCCCUGCAUAUUCCUUUCCCAUAUCUAUGGUGGUUCAAUCGCCGUGAUCAGAUUGCAAACACUGUCGCAGAAUCAGAUGCUGAGUCUCAGUGCUAUCUUUCCCUUUUGCAGAACUACAUGUUCGAUCGAUUACAGAGCGCCUGGUCGAAGGUCGAUGAACUCACAUCAAAAGGACUUAUCACUAUUGAAUACCUUGACUACAUCUAUACACCAGGGCAAAUUCUUAUAUCGGAGGCCGUCGGAAAUGACCUGACACAAACACAAUGCUAUCGCGUUCUGAAUUGGAUGAAGAAAACCUACAAUCGAUAUGAUGAGUCUCUUAUAUACACGAUAAGAGCUGCGUGGUGGUUGUUUGAUGGUACCUUUAAGGAAAUCGAGGAUGAUCUUAUCAUCACUGCACCAGAUCUCACCAACGAGUUCAAAAUCGAGUCCCUUUCAUAUUAUCCGCAACGUUUCGCUAGGCCUAACCUAGUCCGGUCACUUUUGGAUCGCGGCAAGAUGUUUUGGGAGUGUAGAGAGAGGAAGUAUGUAUCUACAUCAGAUUUCGGCGGGGACGGACUGCAAAGCUCGAUGGACACCCGAUUCAUGAUUGAUAUGGAAACAUACAAGUACAUGCACCCUAAAGCUUCAGGGAAGGAAAUUGAGCGCCACAUGGCGGUCAUUCGCACGAUUGAUCCGCAACAGAUCCAUCAUGCUGAGCUGUCUGCAAGAGACGACUUCCUCAUGUGUCUGCCGACUACCAUCGUUGGUUUCAACAUGAACAAGAAAGAAUGGGUUAAACUCGAUGUCCAUACGCUCCGGGAGGUGAAAUGGAAUAGCCAGGCAUUUGAGUACCUGGUUAUCAGUCAAGUCACAAAAGAGCUUAUUAAAGCAGUAGUAAUCAAUCAACUAGGCAACAAAGCCAAUGCUGAUUUAAUACACGGGAAAGGCAAUGGCCUGUUUAUGCUACUGCAUGGUGGUCCUGGCACUGGCAAAACUCUUACAGCGGAGAGCGUUGCUGAGAUCGCCAAACGGCCGUUAUAUAGAGUCACUUGCGGUGACAUUGGGACAAAGGCAGAGGAUGUGGAAAAGUACCUAGAAAUUGUUAUGUAUCUUGGCAAGACAUGGGGAUGUGUGGUGCUUCUUGAUGAAGCAGACGUGUUCCUGGAACAAAGAUCUCUGGUCAACCUUGAGAGAAAUGCCCUUGUCUCAGUCUUCCUUAGUGUUCUAGAGUAUUAUGACGGAAUUCUUAUAUUGACGAGCAACCGUGUCGGUAUCUUUGAUGCGGCUUUCCGAUCCCGAAUCCAACUAAGCCUACGAUAUAAGAAUCUUGGGCAAGCAGAGCGGCACCAAAUCUGGGAGAACUUUCUCAAACAUCUUGAUCAAUUUCAGCAAGACGUUCGAUCCAGAUUAACAUCACAGCCACAACAGGUUUCGUUGAUUGGAUAUGGAAUGGACAUUUCUGAUUUGAGAAAGCACCUGGGUGAGCUUUCUCAGGCAGAUCUGAACGGCAGAGAGAUUCGCAAUGCACUAUCCAUUGCCCGCCAACUUGCGCUUUAUCGUCAAGAAGCAUUGCAGUUCCAUCACUUGAAGGAUGUGAUGGACGAGGCGAAGAAGUUUGAUGACUAUCUGAACGAGAUUAAUGAUGGCUUCUCAGCCGACGAUAUUUGUAGAGAUAGGCGGGAGAGAUAA